GAAAGCUGGCUUUUCUCACUUUACUCACACAUGCACGUGCCACAACUUGUAGUACGAAACCGCUUCCCUGGGAAAACAAGAGUGGGAAACAAGCUCUCCUAAUGCUGCUUGGAUGCAUCUCGAUGCAUCUCCACCUCAAAGUAUUUAAAUCCCAAUUAUUGAAAGCAAAAAUGUGCAGCUUUGGGUAGACCGUACUUUUUUAGAACAAGCUUAAAUGCAAUGUAUAUUCCUUUUUUAGUGGGCGACUAGGUGGUGUCUCCACCCUGCUGUUAUUUUAAAGAAUUUUUAACACUCCCCAAGCCCUUAAGAUGUGUUGAAUUGAGCAACUGAAAUAAGUAUGAUAAUACCAGCACUGAGGCAAUUGUAAAAUAAGGCGACCUUCACAUGUAUAAUAUCUGACAGUUGUGACUUGACUUGGAAUUUUGACGUGAUAAAAGUCCUCAGUGCAAUGACUGUAUCACUUCAUUUUUCUGUUGUGAAAAUUUAUGUGAGAGAUUCAUGUUGAAAAUUCAAACUGUUACUAUGUCAGAGAAAACUUUAAAAAUGAUGUUUUCUCUAAGAUAAUUUGGUUUUCACAUGCCAGUAAUAUUCUGUAAGCUGUGGACUGCUGAUGCUAAAAGCAGUGCUAUAAUAGUCAGUUUGAAACUGUGGCAGCCCUGAACAAUAAUAAACAACAUAAUCAGCCAUCACUACAUAUGUUCAUUUUAAAAAGUGGUAUUAAAAGUUUGCUACAAUAUAGAGUUUCAGCUGCUGUCUGAAUUCCAAUAAUUUUAUUUUUGUAACUUUUAAAACAUUGAAUUCAUAGAAGUCUCAAAACUCGGUGCAAGAGUACAAUCUUUCUUGGAGAAUUUAGCAAAUCAGUAGAGUUGUAACCUGUUUGACCUGGCUGAGGAACAUAGAAUAUGUCACAAUUGUGGCACCACAAAAGAGAACGCACACACACUCUUCUGUGAAUAGUCCUAGGCUAUAUCCAUGGAAGUGUUUUCUCGCAAACGGUUAUUCAGAGCCAAUUUCUCUGUAACUUGAUUAGCAUAAGUGUCCACAAGGUCCCAGUUUUUCUGUCAUUAUAUUCACUGCUAUUCCACUGCAUGCCAUCUGCACCAAUGGGCAGAGCUUGUUGGAAUUUAUUUAGGAUGUGUUUUUCUGCCCCUCCCCUCAGUCGCUCCUUUCUCACCCACCACUGCCUUUUUCCAUUCUAGGCCUGCAUGCAACUAGUUCUGUACGUGCAUGUAAGAGCAAUACAACAAAAACAUAAAAUGUGCAAGAGCAAAUGUUACAAGUAUUUUCACAAUGGGGGAAAAGGAACAUUGUGCUUUUUUGGGUGGAAAGGACACCUCAAAUUCCACCUUCAUGGGUUCCAUAUAGAAUAAAGAACCAGACAGCACAGCAGCUACAUUUAAUCCUGUUGCUGAAAGAAAGUCAUAGUACAUAUGCAAACCUUUUAUAUAUAUGUAUAUUAGCCCCUGUCACAUUGAGGAGAUCCCUUUGCCAGCUGUUUGCCACACAAGGAAGGAGCUGGAGCCAUGCAGCCAUUAUCAGGGUCUGUGGCUCCCACAGAGACCCCACCAGUCAGCCUCAAGAGCAACCUGAGUGUGGCAAACUGAAUUGCUUAUACUAACUGGGGGGACAGCCUACAUGGGCCACCAGAAACAAAAUGGCUAGGUUACAUUCAUCUGAGGAGCAAAAGGAAGUAGAAUUGUGGUGAUAGAAGCCACCCACUGAAACAUCAUCACACAAGUGGCAAACUUCUAAUAAAAAAAAAUCUAAGGAGCUUCAACAGCAGCAGUGACUGCAGACAUAUAACAGAUUAUUUUUACUUGCUGGAUUUUCUGUGGUAAAGAAAUCCAGAUUAAAUGGGAAAGUACAGGCUGCCAUUUUUAUGACAACAACUUUGUCUGGAUGCACGAAAAACUUUCAUGCAUAAGUAGCACUGAUUCCACAAUAAAAUCUCAUCUGGAAGUGCCCCUUCACAGCUAACAUUGAUGUGGGAAGUUGGAGAAUUCCAGCAAUGAACAUAGUCUGUGGCAUUCAGCACCCCCAGACCAAUUGGGACAAAGCCCACCCUGCACCCCCAGAAGAGAGUGGAGCCCUGGAAGCACCAUGGUUAGUAAACAUAUAUGGCAAUGGCAAAAGGUGCCAAGGAGUUGUCCUGAGCAGCUGGUGGAUCCUGACAGCAGCCAACUGUUUCCUGCUGAUGCAGCCAAGCCAUGUAGAAUUGACCGGGUCUCAUGGGCGUUUCGCCACCAAGACAGUGAGCCAGUUUGUGUCACACCGGGGCUUCAGCCCUUGGGAUACAGCACCCAGUAAUGACCUGGGACUCAUUCUGCUUGGCCAGCCAAUUGACUUAAGGAAGCAAGACAUGUGGCCAGCUUGUCUCAUUCAGAAACAACAACCUUAUGACACACAGGAAGAAUGCAGAAUUUUGGAACGAGGACAACAUGGGUCCAUCAGGUGGUUGCUAAAGGAGAUGGCCGUGCAUAGUUUGGUGACAUCAGAAUGUGCCACACAUUGGCCUGACAUAAGCAAAUCAUGGAACUUGUGUGUUUCAAGAGAGGUGUCUAACAUCACAGACUGCAUGAUGCCUGUAGGCAGUCCUGUGAUCUGCCAUGACCCUGUCAGCGGGCACUGGGAGGUGAUGGCCAUUGUGAGCAAGAGCUUACAUAAUUGCACAGCUCCUAUCCUGGCUUCCCAGAUUUUACCCCAUCUGAAGUGGCUGCAGCAAGAAGGAGCAGUAAAAAAUCAUCUCCAUCCAAACCUGGAAGAUAACAAAACCACUCCUGGUGAACUGUCUUCCUCAGCAGCAAAACUCUUGUCUUCAACUGCACCAUCAAAUGCUAUGUCUAAAACAGAAGGAGAAUUAUCUUCAACAGCCGGACAACCCGUCACGUUCCCAACAGGAAUGGUAUUCAAACCACCAACACAAACCCCAUUAAGUACACCCACAACAGCUGUUCAUACACCCACAAAAGCUCUUCAAGUACCUGUAAUGCUACCAGUUGCAGAACAAGCAUCUGGAGUAUCUCAAACCAUUGGACCAGUUUCAACAUUGGAAACAUUUACUACCAAGCCACCACUCUUAGAAACAACCUUGACAACUAAACCAUCAGCACUGGAAACGAUGACUACUGAACCCUCAUCACCAAAAGCUACAAAACCAUUGAAUAUAAUACCUAAAACUUCAGAGCACUCUACACUUGCCUCUUCCUCAACACCUUCCCCAGCAGCCAAUCAUGUAAUUCUUAUACCACCCCCAACAAUCCAGACAUCAUCACGUGUAACACCCACCACAAGACAGUCUCUCCCCCAAACCACAACACCACCGCAUGUAGCACAUUCAACUACCAUACACUUAUCACUUGCAUCAUCUACAACUAGGCAAUCAACUAAAACAGCCAGAGAAGCAUCUUCUUUAGUAUCUUCCACACCUGAACAGCAAUCAUCUGCAUCACCCACAACACUUGUAAAAUCCACAACAGCACAACAGUCAUCCGCAACACCAUGGCAGUUAUCCGCAGCACCAUGGCAGUCAUUUGCAGCACCACAACUGUCAUCCACACCACAACAGUCCACAAUGCCACAACAGUCAUCCACAACACCACAACAGUUGUCUACAACACUGCAGUUGUCAUCUGUAGUCUCUUCUACAACCAAACAAACAUCUGUAAUACCCACAACAAGACACUCACCUGAAGCUUCAACAACUGUCGGACAACCACAUGUAGUAAUAAUAGCUGCUGCCACUCCAAGGCAAUCAAACCCUUUGCCAUCUCCAGAGACCUUAACAUCACCUCCUACAGCAGCCCCAUCACCCACACCUGCACAUGAUGUCAAUCAAGGUGCUCCUGUUCAUUUCAUUGUAGCUGGGCCACAGUUCCCCAAGAGUAAGCGUGAGGCAAACCCACCUCCUAGCCCUUCCCUACCAUUACUUGUCCCAUCUACUGCAGCCAUCCCCAUAAUUCCGAGCUUGCAAUUCCCUGUGCGGGUGACAGUGAAACAGUGUGAGAUGGGACUGGCAUGGAAUACCAAUUCCCAUACCUACCAAUUGAACAAGAUGGCAAUUCUGAUGGAUCACAAAGUUGGAUGUGGGCUGCGGCCUGAUUUUGUGCCCAAAUGCCCGGGCUGUUCCGAGGCCGAGAUGGGUGAAUUUCCAUGGGUUGUCUCUCUCAAGAUGCCCAUCCAACACUUGUGUGCUGGCUCCAUUCUCAACCCCUGGUGGAUUUUAACCUCAGCCAACUGUGCCAACCUUAUAAAGAAUUCAGAAGCUUUGGCACUGGUGCAGGCUGGUCUGGUUGAUGUCCCCAAGGCAAUGUACUCAGUGCAGAUCCACCAGGCUCUGAUACACCCAGAUUGGUUGGAGCAGAAGGAUCUUCACAACCUGGGCCUUUUGCUAUUGGAGGAGCCACUGGAAUUUGGGCCUCUUGUUGCCCCUGUGUGUCUGUCAGACAAAACAGAUAUGAUAGAUGACUUCAGAAAAUGCUGGCUACCAGUCUGGACUGUGCUGGAGGGAGGCUCUACUGUACUACUGAGACAUCCCUUAGACAUCCUGAGCAUCAGUAGCUGCAACCAGCCUGGAGAACAGCUCUCUAAUGCCAUCUUCUGUAUCAAGGCCCAGAUGGGCCAGGAAGGAGUCUGCAAGGGUAAUAUGGGCUCUCCACUGAUUUGCCCUGACCCCCAGGGUGGGGCUUGGCUACAGCUGGGGGUGUUGAGCAGUUUUGAUGAAGCCUGUUCCCGCCCUUAUAUCUUCAGUCGUCUUCCCUACUACUUACCCUGGUUGGAGAGGACCACAAAGGCUGCAGGGCAUCAUUACAAUCUCACAGCCCCUUGGGAACAUCUGGGGCCUAGAAAGCACCUUCGACUGCUACAGAAACCAGAGACCCUGGUUGCAUGGAUCUCGGCACAGUUGUCCUUGCCCUGGCAAGUGCUCAUUGCCACAUGUGAGAAUCAGAGCUGCGGGGGUUCAAUCCUGAACCACUACUGGGUGUUGACUACAGCACAGUGCAUUCGACAGGCGGACCCAGGAAGCACAGCUAUCUUUGUGAGGCUGACACAUCCUAAGGGCCAUGCCAAGGGGAUCCGCAUUGCUGGGAUUUACCCUUAUGAGGACAUUGCGCAAUACAGAGGUGGCUACAGUGUGGCUCUGCUGCUACUCCAGGAACCCAUCACCUUCGACCAACAUGUAGCUCCUAUUACCUUUUCCCCAAAGGAAUCCUGGGAUAGCUGCAAAGUGAUGGGGCUGCAAAUGAUGCAAUCCGGUGAGGUUGGGGCCGACCCCAGUGCAUACCAAGUCAAGGUGCUGAUGCCCUCAGACUGCGCCAAGGAACAUCCUGGGGUCAAUCCAGCCAUGUAUUGUGUUGUAAGGAAUAGCUCUACCUACCUGCCUGGAGCUGCUGUAGGUGAGGGUGCAGCCCUCCUGUGCCACUUGGAGGCCAAAAGCAUAACCUGGAGCCAGGUUGGCUUGAUGAGUGAGCCCUUUCCGGGAUCCCAGAUGGUUGUUCUGUCCUCCAGCAUCACCUCCUAUGUGGACUGGAUGGAAGAAACAUCAAAACAAGCCAAGCACCUAUUAUCCCUGCCCCGUGGAAGAGCUGCAGCCUGUGGACCAAUGAGUUGGGUGCUCCUCCUGAUUCUGUCAUUGUUCGGGGAGGUAGAGUUGGGCUGAAUGAAGGAGGGAAUAAGACAACAACUCCAUGCUGGAACCCUCUCCAUACAGUGCUACUCUGCACCCUGAGUUGAAGGGUUCAGCUUCAGCAGUUGACUGGGUGCCUGAAUGUCCAUGUUGCAAGUGGCCCCAUUCUCCUCAUCUCUGCAGGCACCAUGGGGCUCCACAUCCAGCUGCCAGAUGAAGGGUGGUCACUGCUGCCUCCAGCACUGGUCAGUCAGGGCUUCAGCCUGGAUGGCGCUGGAUGAGCGCCUUUAUGGACAUUUCCACCAACCAGAGACCUGCCCUGGGAGUGGGUAUCUGUCACCAAGUCUUGAGGCUACUGUGGGCUUUUGUGUCACCUGCGGCUUCAAUAAAUGAGCAAAUGACAAUUAUGCCAAAUGGGACAGAGAUAUUUCAGAGUAUGUAAGGUAUCAUCCUGAGGACUUUUAAGGGAAAAUAUAGGAAAACCAUGGCAGAGGUUCUGGAGAAUUUCUGUUUAAUACACUGAAGACUUUGCAAACUAGUGACUUAUUCAGUGGUGUGGGCCUCUCCCAUUACAUCUCCCAAGCAUGGGAUGUGCAUAGAGUAUGUGUCUGCAAUUGGGAAGUAUGUCUGAUCUAAGCACAUGGACUAUAAUCUUACAAUUAAAAUUGUGAAUAAAUAAAA